UUCGAUUCCAACGAGCCAUGAGACUCAUGAUGACUUCACUGCGAUAAAUAACGCAAAUCAACGCUAUACUAUCAUGAAUCAGGCACGCCCCCAUUUUGCUUUGAUUAUCCGUCAUAGUUUUCAGUCGUCGGAGUUUCCAAGCUGCGCUUAGUUUCUUUUUCUCUCGCACUAUUUUCGGAAUUUGAAGGACUAUCGUAAAUGAUUGAUAAAAUAUGCGUAUAAAAUCUCUUUACCGUUCCAUACAUUUUCGCGUGAUUGAGAAUUAAUCGAGAAGUAGACAUAUCUGUUACACAUAUUGACGCAUCUAUUUAAUCGACUAAAAGUUAUCACAAAAUCGUAAUAAUAUGCUUGAGUUUUCCGCGCCAUAUCGCAAAAUUGUUCUGUGCAUUAUCCUGAUAUCGAAAUAUUCCGCUGCUUUUGAGAAGCACUGGCUUCCGGAUUUGGAAUGGCAAACCGCAAACAACUGGGUGGACGGUCGCAUUCCAGAAAUCGACAGCCGAGUAAUUUUCCCUCAACAGACCCGACAUGCUGUGGGUAUCGCCAGCGCCGACAAUUUAAGGCUAUCCGGAAUCGAUUUGUCCAGUCAAGGAUUUUUGGUCUUGCCUAGAAACGGUAAAUUGCAGUUGAGCAAUUCGAGGGCGGACGCAAAGGUCAGUAAAUGGUCGAAGGAGGGUAAUUUCUUCUGGGCGGAUCCCGUAAAUUGGAACGGUAGUUCGAUAGCGGCGCCGCAUCUUGAGCGCGUUCCCUGUCGCCAGGACAACGUUGUCCUGCCGAGCGUGAAUCGCACUCUGAGCAUCCUUUUACCUGUAAGAGAGGUACAGGUGAGCUCGAUUCGACUAUCGAACGAGAAGCAGCCGUUUUUAGAGGAGGAAUGGAUAGAAUUCCAAGAUCGUAGAGAGUUCUCCAGAGGUAGAUUUACUGUCAAAUAUACCGAGCUGAAUCUGUUAUAUCUGGCUAUGCGGGAUUGUCCGCGAUGUUUCUGUCAGAGAAACUCUCUGAACGAUUAUCUCGAAGAGAUCUGCGCCAUUCAGAGACCAAGAUGCGGAUUCACGGACUGCGAAUAUCCUCUUACAGUGGAAGGUCACUGUUGUCCUUAUUGCGGCGGACGCGUUUCCACAUCGGAACAAAUUUCCUUAGUGAUGGUACAAACCGCAGCAGACGAAGCUUUAGAGGGAUACACGGAGAAGAUUGCGUGGCAUACCAGACGCAGUUGGAAUGGAGGCGUUGAAGUUCUUGUAAAGGAGAAAGGAGAUUAUUCCGGAAUCGUGAUAAAGGAAGCAGUGGAAAACCUGAGGGAGAUGUUGCAAACGACGGGGAUCCACGUGACGAAUGCGGAGACAGCGGGAGCAGCUAUGAAAGAUUCUCGAUUAGCUGUUACACUCGGACCCCUUCUUGGGACGCCUCUCGUUUUAAUCGCCCUUCUUUUGCUGGCCUUUCUGUACUUCGGUUAUUCCCUGGAACACGUUCUCUCGGGAUGUAUGGAAGCCGUCUCAUCCGUCCGUGAUGGAAUUCGGGCGGACAAGCAGAAGCACGGGUUCGCCCGUUUCGAGAACAUUCCCGAAGGCAACGUUCGGAUUGUCGACUUUUCUGAAACGAGCGGACGAGAGGCUGAUGAUGACGAUGUCGUCAAGGGGAUAACGCAGGUCGCGGGUGGCAGGUUCGAAAAUCCUCUGUACAGAUCUAAGAGGGAUAAGACGGAGGGACGUAAGAUUCUCGAUGCGCCUCUCAACCUCGCCACUCUUAAAAGUCAGAUAGAUGAUCUGGAAAAUAAGGAGAUGGAUACCGAAGAAUAAGAAUAUCGUUGUUAUUCAAUUACGUUAUAUUACGCUAAUUAAGUUUCGUGAUCCUAAUUGUGGAAAUAGUUGAGAUUAUUGAAUGAUAAUUACAAAUUUUUGAAACUUUAGAUUGGCUUAAAAAAGAUGUAUCAUACACAUUCUCUUUUUUAUAUUUUAUCUUUUUUUUUAAAUAAAAUCAAGAUAUAUCUUGGAGAUUUUGAAACAAAGGAUUGAAAAUUUUUUUCAGAUGGGGCAUAAAUAAUACAUUGAAAUCAAUAUUGUAUAUGUAUGUGUUUGUCUCGAACUUAUAGAAUUUCGUAAAACGGUAGAUCUUUUGCAUCUAAUAAGAUAUAAAAUAAAGAUAUAAGAUAGAAAAUUUAUUUUCGAGAGAAAAGACAAGGUGAAUAGUUUCGAUUGCACAUUAUGCAAAUUAUAUAAAGCGUACAAGGGAGAUGUUAGCUCACAAGUAUUUAUUUCUUAUUGUCGGACAACAUCCAUUCGAAACUGCAGCACCACGUGUUACAUCAAUCACGAGGCUACCGCGCUUUAUCGCAUAGACAAAUUAUAUGCACAUAUAAAUUCGACAUAGUCGAAUAAUAUAAUAUAUAUAUAUCUAUAUUUAUGUGUUUUUGUUAAUAUAUGUAAGGACUCUCUGGAUAAAUAUAGACGUCUAAUUACAUGAUAUAUAGACGCGUGGCAUUUGUAUCGCAUAUAAGAUAUAAAUGAUAAAUCGUGAUAAUGAUGAAUCGUGAUAGUGAUAAAUGUAUCGUAACAGACAACGGUGCGAUUUCCUUCAUCAUUUUGAACGUUUAUGUAAUUUGUCGUAAAAUAUAUCAUCUAUAUAUAUAUUCAUUGCAUAUAUAUAUAUACACAAUGUAUAUUAUAUUAAUGUAUAUACAUAUAAUCAUCUAUAAAGUUCCAUUCGUAGAAUAUAUUAACUCUCUGUAUUUUCGAUAAAAA